CAUCCCGCCGAGGAGGUCUACGUGACCGGUACCUUUGACAACUGGUCCAAGAGCGAGAAGAUGGCAAAGAACGGAGAUGCCUUUGAGAAGACCGUCGAGCUACCCGACACUUCCGAGAAGAUAUAUUACAAGUUCGUCGUCGACGGUCUCUGGACUGUGAACACUACCGAUCCCAAAGAAAAGGACGAAGGCGGCAACGAAAACAACGUCCUCACUCCCGAAACCCUCCUCGCAAGCCUGCCAGCUACUGCUGCCAUCAUGAAUUCCGUCAGCGCCGACUCGACCACAGCCCAAUUGGCAAAGGACGUUCCUCUGGAGAAGGAGAACAAGUCUGAGGCACUACCCGGCACGUACCCAGAGACGCCAGCUGACGAGCUUAACAAGCCCAUCGGCAUCAGCCCCCUCCCGGCCGCAGCUGGUGGCCUCAACCCGAUCAAGCUGGCGCCCGGCGAGCCCGUGCCUAAGGAGUUCUCGGCUGCUGAUGUCAACUCCAACGUCAAGCUGGACAAGGAAUCCUACGAGAAGAGCGAUGCUCUCCCUGGUGUCGACACGACUGCCCUGGACGUGCCCCCUGUUACCGGAACUAUGAUUCCCGAGUCGAGCCUGCCUAUAGGCAAUGGCAACGCGACCGUCAACUCGGUUUCUGCCGACGCGACGACUGCCGCACUGGCCGCUGAGGUGCCAAAGGAGCCCACGGUUCCCGAGAUUGUCAAGGAGAGCCAAGACAAGGCCGGUGUCGACCCUGAGGCUAGCGCCAAUGCGACGGAGGUGCAGGAGAAGCAGCAGCUCGAGGAAGAGCUGAAGGACAAGGUCCCAGAGGCCCCUUCGACCUCUGAAGGCACUGCUGGCAAGGGGACGGAGAAGUCUGAGGGCGACAAGACCCUGCUGGAGGCUGCCGCUGCUGCAGCUACUGGUCUUGGUGCCGCCGCUGUCGCCGCUGCCUACACCACAAAAGACAAGGCUCUCGAGCAGGCUGGCCAACUGCCUGAUUCCGUCAAGGAGCAGCUGCCUACCGCCGUACAGGACACAAUCGCUGCCAACCCGACCAACAAGGAGGCCAAGAUUGAAGAGGUCUCCCCUGAUGUCCCGACCGAGGUCAAGGAGUCCAUUGCAGAGGCCGGCAAGAGCCCCGAGGCUGCCGCCAACACACAGGCCGUCGAGGAGAAGAAGGCUGUAGAGGCUGAGCUGUUGAAGGAGGUGAAGCCUGUCGAGCCGGUGAGCGAUGCGCCCCAGACCGAGGAAUCCUCCAAGGCUGCUGAGGUACCUGCGACGGCAACUCAGACGGCACCCGAGGUUGUUGAGCCGCCAGCUCCGGCCAAGGAGGUGCCCGAGACCACC